AUGUCAGCAUUCACAAAUAUUUAUAACCUAAUCUUCAAAAGAAACUCUACUUAUGUUGCCAGUGUGUUUGCUGGUGCCUUCGCAUUCCAGGCUUUUUUCGACGCUGGAGUGACUAGCUGGUAUGAAGCUCAUAACAGAGGAAAGCUAUGGAAGGACAUCAAGGGUAAGAUUGGUGGUGGAGACGAAGAUGAGGAGGAUGAUGAUGAAUAA